AUUAUUAAGACAGAUUUCGGCCUAAUUUUGCGAUGGGACAAGAAAAACUAUAUGAAAUUAACAAUUCCCAACAUCUUUAACCAAAAAGUACGUGGACUUUGCGGCAACAGUAAUGGCAACUCUGCAGAUGAUUUUGAGACACCAACUGGCACUCGGGUAGCUCGUGGGGCUGACUUUGGCAGAAGUUGGGUAGUGGAUGAUGGACAGUGCAUUGAACCACCAGCACUUACUGUCCCUCCCAAGAUUCUCUGCGGUGAUGUGAUAUGUCAAGCUGGAACAAAAUGCCAAAUAGGAAAUGGACAACCCACUUGUGUGGAGGUCUCAGAAGCCAAUUGUCAAGUAUCCGGUUUUCCUCCUUACUUUAAGACCUUUGAUGGCAAAUUUUUUGGCUUCCAAGCCCCUUGCACCUACACGCUUGCCGAGACUUACCACAAUGACACCAACCUUCCUGGUUUUAGAAUCAAGAUUGCAUACCAGAAUGAAGACAACACCAAAAUUAUAAAUCCAACUCUUGAGAUCACAGAUCCUUCACAAAAUAAAAAGACCAAAAACAAUAAGCUCACAAAGGUUAAUAAUGAAAUUCUUAAAAAAAGAGCUAAAAUUUCAAGUUUCGAACACUUCGUGAUUAUUAAAAUAGAUUUCGGUCUAAUUUUG